AUGGUGAGAGUUGUGAUUAAAGGGCAUCCAAUGCCUAAGUUGUCUAAGGUUUUACCUAAUAUAAUAUCUCAGAAUCAAAGUAGUUUCAUGAAGAACAGAGCAAUUGGGGAGAAUGUUCUUUUAGCACAAGAAAUUUUCCAUGAAAUCAGGAAGCCUAACAAAGGAGGAAACGUUGUUAUAAAGCUUGCCAUGAAUAAGGCUUAUUACAGAAUUUCAUGGAACUUUAUCUGUGCAGUUAUGAGGAAAAUGGGAUUUAGUGAGCAUUGGAUUUUUAUCAUUUGGAAUCUUUUAUCUAAUGCUUGGUAUUCUGUCAACAUAAAUGGAAAAAGAAAUGGUUUUUUCAAGUCUCAAAGGGAUGUCAAGCGAAGUGAUCCAAGAUCACCAUCUCUGUUCAUCAUUACUGCUGAGGUUUUAUCUAGGAAGCUUAACAGACUGUCGAUGACUUUAGAUUCAAUGGUUUCAACAUGA